CAAAUUCUAUCACCAACCUUCACCAAAUCCAUCAGCCAUAUAGUUGUGAAUUUGGGGCAAAAUCAGGCGAGGCAAAGGCGAAGAAAUGGGCGCGCCUGGUUUGGUCGCAGAGACCGUGUGGAAUACGAUGGAGUCCACUCGCUCAGUUACUGAAGAUCAGCUCUCCAUAUUGCAUUUUUUGUUUGGGAAGAACAUGGAGAGAGCGACGAGGAUAGUGGACCAGAGAGGUGUUAAGAGAAUUUCAGGCGAACCCAGUGGCCGCUUUGUUUUCCAGGUUGUCGGGGAAUCAAGGAGGCUUGAGGAGUACUUGUGUUUUCCUGAAAGAUAUUGUGCCUGCUAUUCAUUCUUCUAUGACAUUGUGAGCAGAGGAGAUCAGCUAUGUUGCAAGCAUCAACUGGCUGCAAGACUUGGUGCAGCACUCGGUGUAUGCAUCAACGUUAAAGUGUCCGAUGAGGAACUGGCAGAGUUGCUCGCAAAACUCUGAGGAAGGACUUCCAAUGUGAAAGAUGAGCUGGUUCGGUUUCAGAGAUUUGGAACCUGGAAGCCAAUGAGGUCUUGGAUAUGUUGGUUUCCAGAACCUUCCAUAGCUAAAUUCUACUAUAUACUUUGUCUGCCCAGGACUGUCUUUCCAUUUUUAAUGGUGAUUGAGGACAUUAUUUUCUUGCGUCCAUAUUAAUUUACUUAC